AUGGAGAGUGACGUCAUCAAUGGCAGCGUACAGAGCUCAAUUCCGACAAAUCAAGCUCAAACCCAUGUCCCUCAUGACGUCCCCGAGCCUGAGAAAGCGCUUCCUCCUCAAAUCCCAAUAACGACCCAGACAAAUCAUCAUCAUCAUCAUCAUCAUCAUCAUCCACAACAAGAACAACAACAGCAAGAACAAGAACAUCAAGAAUCCAAACCCGUUAAUCAGUUAAUCGAGGAGAAACAGGUUUUAACACCAUUGAAACCCGUCGCUCUCCGAGAAACAGAGACGAUUCUAGGCAAACCCUUCGAAGACAUCAGGAAACUAUACACACUCGGUAACGAACUAGGCCGAGGCCAGUUCGGUAUAACCUACACUUGCAACGAGGUAUCGACGGGGAACACGUACGCCUGCAAAUCGAUACUCAAAAGGAAGCUAGCGAGAAGGCAAGACAGAGACGACGUGAAGAGGGAGAUUCAGAUAAUGCAGCAUUUGUCUGGACAGCAAAACAUCGUCGAGAUCAGAGGCGCUUACGAGGAUAGACAGUCGAUACACCUUGUGAUGGAGCUGUGUGGCGGCAGCGAGCUGUUCGAUAGGAUUAUAGCUCAGGGGCAUUACUCGGAGAGAGCAGCUGCUGGUGUGAUUAGAUCGAUUCUGAGUGUCGUGCAGAUUUGCCAUUUCAUGGGAGUGAUGCAUCGUGAUCUCAAGCCUGAGAAUUUCUUACUCUCUAGUAAAGAUGAGGAUGCUAUGCUUAAAGCUACUGAUUUUGGAUUGUCUGUGUUCAUCGAAGAAGGGAAAGUAUACAGGGAUAUAGUAGGAAGUGCUUACUAUGUUGCUCCUGAGGUAUUAAGACGGAGUUAUGGAAAAGAAAUCGAUAUUUGGAGUGCAGGGAUUAUACUAUACAUCUUGCUUUGUGGUGUACCUCCUUUUUGGGCAGAAACUGAGAAAGGGAUAUUUGAUGAGAUUAUAAAGGGAGAGAUUGAUUUUGAGAGCCAACCAUGGCCUUCUAUAUCCGAGAGUGCUAAAGACCUUGUGAGGAAGAUGCUCACCAAGGACCCUAAGAAACGAAUCUCUGCAGCACAGGCUCUUGAACAUCCUUGGAUCAUAGGAGGAGAAGCGCCUGACAAGCCUAUUGAUAGUGCUGUGUUAUCUCGAAUGAAGCAAUUCCGAGCAAUGAACAAGCUUAAGAAGCUAGCUCUCAAGGUUAUUGCAGAGAGUCUGUCAGAAGAGGAAAUCAAAGGCCUUAAAACCAUGUUUGCGAAUAUGGAUACAGAUCAAAGCGGAACAAUCACUUACGAAGAACUUAAAACCGGACUGGCUAAACUCGGUUCGAAACUCUCUGAAGCUGAAGUUAAACAACUCAUGGAAGCUGCUGAUGCAGAUGGUAAUGGAACAAUAGACUACAUUGAGUUUAUCUCAGCAACGAUGCAUAGGUACAGACUGGAUCGCGACGAGCACUUGUUCAAAGCCUUCCAAUACUUUGACAAAGACAACAGCGGGUUUAUCACAAUGGAUGAGUUGGAGUCAGCGAUGAAAGAGUAUGGUAUGGGAGAUGAAGCUAGCAUCAAAGAUAUUAUAGCGGAAGUAGAUACAGAUAAUGAUGGACGAAUAAACUAUGAAGAAUUCUGCGCCAUGAUGAGAAGCGGUACCACGCAGCCACAACAAGAGAAAACUUGUUUCAGUCCAUUGGUUGAUUAACCGGAAAGGAUGAACAUAAAACAGUAACUUUGAUUUCCAACAUUUUGUCUAGAAUCGGCGUGUGUAGAACUCAGUAGAAGUGUUGCAGAGCUAAACUUUUACAGAGUGUAGUUUAUGUUGAAUGGAAUCUUCAUUCGGUUGCAGAAACCUUUUUUGUUGCUGUUGUUGUUGAUGAUCGAUCAUUCAACGAGGAAACAAAGAUUAUGAUAGCAAUUGUUUGCUUGGCAUUUAAGGCAUAGAAGGAAUACGUCACCAUAUUAUGCACAUACGUACAAAUAUAUUUGCGACACCAACCCAACGUCACGCAAUGACAAUGACAAAUAUAGCGAAAAAGGCACAUCGAGUUGAAAUUAUGGUUGAAAGAAAAAAAGUGGUUGAUGAAAAUGAGAUUUGUUGUUUCAGCUUCCAUCAACACGAAGGAGCAUAGGUCUCUGGAGUACGUAGCCCGCAUUCUUUAAUCUCACAUUCUGGAUUGCUGACUUCGAACUCAAAGACUAAUUCCGUGGAACUCACAGUUUUUUCGAAUUGCUCCUUCGAAAUUAGAGAGGAUUCGAUCCAAAUAUAAGUAAGUAAUCCACAGACGACAAUGGCACCAUUCCUACAAGAUAUAUACAUCAUAUCAUCAGCCUCAACGCCACCCUUCGGAACCAGCAAGACACAAGCUUUAAAUCUCAGUGAUGUAGGAAAAUGUGUAUCAGAUCCAUUCGAUUUCAUUGACAGGAAACUCCCGGUGGCUCGGUAAGUGAAGUAUGUAGGCACUAUUACUCCGGGAAAAGCUGCAAAUCCUCGAGUCGAUGUCUUGAUAAUAAGUUCUCUUGCUUCUUGAUUCAAUUUGAAGCAGUUAACAAACUUGUGAAAAGAGCAGUCUAGUCUCUCGAGGGAUUCACAGUUUUCUACAUAUAGGAUCGCUAAUGAAUCUGGAAGCUGUGGGAGCGAAACCAACUUUGUGCAUCCCUCGAUGACAAGUUUAUGCAGACGAGUCAUUUCCUUGACAUAUGGAGGAAUUUCUUGUAUUCUUGUGUCGCUCAAGUGGAGCCCCGUGAUGAGGUCAAAAGCAUGCAUGGAUUUGCUGAGGUUUUCAGAGUAUGACAUAUGUAACCUAUUAAGGCGAGACCAUGCCCUGAUUGAUGGAGGAAUUUCUUCGAUUGCAGUUCCAUUGAGCUCUAGAACUCUAAUGUUUGUGGAAAUCUCAGGAAAGCUUUUCAACUACGAGCAGUCAGUGAGAAUAAGUUCAUCAAGAGAUCUCAUGUUGAUGUUGAUCGGAAGGGCUUUUAGCUUUGAGCAACCUUUCAAAUACAACUUUUCCAAAUUAUGAAGAUUUCCAAUUGAAGAAGGGAGCUCCACAAGACUUGAACAACCAAUAAGAUUCAGUUCUUGGAGAUUAGUGGCACUUGUGAGAUCAGGAAGCUCUUUUAGAUUCUGGGAGCCACUCAAAACAAAGACUUCAUAUAAAAAAAACAGACGAUAAUACCGUACUUCAUGGAACAGAUUUCAUUACCAAAAAUUCCAAUACGACGAAUAAUAGAUUCGAAUUAAACUGAAGUAUACACUGUUUUAGAGAGAGUGUAUAUUUACUUACUUUUAUUCCUUCCCACAAUUUCUCAAGUUCGCUCCAACGCAUGUUUAAUUCUACGAGGAACUCCGGAUUGAAAUCACAAUCCAAACAUGUCUUCGAAAAAUAUUCCCAAUGCAGUAAUCUAACUUUUGGAGGUAGACAGCUCAGAGUUUCUAUUAUUACACUGGAGGGUAAACCAUAGUGACGGAGUCUUAAGAAUUGGACAUUAGACAUUCUUUCAAAGGCUCCGUUACUUAUCUUCAACUCCUUCCCCAACUCACUAUAAUCAAAGUCUAUGCCUAUAAUACUUGGACUACCCUGAAUCAUUACGUAGUACUUGGCAUAUUUCUCUAUCAUCAACCAAAAACUGACGCUUCCCAGGCUCGUUAAUGGAUUGUUUACGGACGAUUUCUCGACCCAAACGUUCUAGCAAGUCAUGCAUCUCUACUAAUCCCGAGUAGCUGAUAGAUAUAAGUGAUUUCUCAGCUAAAACACGAAGACGACCAGGGAAAAUCUCUGCAAGUUGCGCUUCCACUUUCUCAAUCCGUUCAUAGUUGAAACAGCAGGCUAUAUGAAGAAAUAAAUAUUGAUCUUCAUCGCAUAAGGCAUCAUAACUGAACUUUAAAACACUUUCUGUUUCUCCGUCAAGUCUUGUUCUAAGUCUUGGUAGUUCCUCUUCCCACUCCUGCUUCGGCAUUCCUUUCAAAUAAGAUCCCAUAACACUUAGUGCCAAGUCUUGUAACUUCCCAAGCAAGGCUCUCAAAACCCUCAUAUGGAUACUUUUGACCAAAUGCAUAAAUGCAGAAGAUUUCAAGAGCCUCAGCGCCAGGUGGGAAAUCCACCUUGUAAAUAUGGUCAAUCCCAUGUGCUCUCAAAAGUCUUUUAUCUUGCGUUGUAAUGAUAAUCCGACUUCCAAGACCAAACCACCGAGCUUCUUUAGCCAAGGCAUCUAGUUGCAUCAAAUGGUCCACGUCAUCAAGAACCACAAGCACUCUCUUGUCCUUUAACCUGUCUGGCGCAACUCCUAAAUGAUGAAUCUUAAUAUCCUCUUGGUCGAUUAUUUGGGACAAGAACUCUUUAUGUAAUUAUUGCAGUUUUGCGCUAUACUCAUCGUAACAAGGUCUUGGAUAGCGUCUUUUGAUAUUCUCCAUGAAGACACUAAGUUGGAACAGAUGAGAGUAUUUGCUAAAUAGAGCUCUGGCGAUGGUGCUCUUACCAAUUCCAGAAGGUCCCCAAAUCCCUAUCAUCCUCACUUCAGCGAAGCCUAUGCGUAAGAACGGUUCCAUUUUUGUCAUGUGAGCUCCCAUCCCAACAAAACCGUCGAAAUCACGUGAUGGCACAAAAUUAAUUAGCGCAUUUGAAACGUCAGUGGCGAUUGUUCAUUAUUCCUAACAAGGUAACCAGCGAUUGUGGCCACCUUCUCCAAAGCUUGUCUCCAUCUCCCAAUAUCUUCCUCAGUUUUACCAACACAAGUUUUUUGGAAAACCUUCCCAAAUUUCCCGGUCAGCUUCUUUACAUCAGAUGGAUCUACUUUAUAAAAGAUGACCAUCAUAAUUUGACCGAGCUCUUCUCUGCACUUCAUAAUCUCCACCAACUCUUCAAGACACCACGUUGAAGAAGCGUAGUUCCUCGAGAACAUGACAAUCGCGAUCUUAGAUUCUCUAAUCGCCCUUUUGAGCUCGGGGCCGAUGGAUUCUCCUCUCUUGAUCCCAUUAUCGUUGAAUGGUGUGAUUCCUUUUCUUUCAAACUCCCUUUGAAUGUGACUUAGAAAGUCUCUGCGGACAUCUUCGCCGCGGAAGCUCGGAAAGACAUCGUGUGUCCAGUUGUGAGACGAAGAAGAUGGAGGUGAUGAUUGAAUAGACAAAGAAGAUGGAGGAACCGAUGAAAUGGACAAAGAAGAUGGUGGUGAUGAUGUAGACAAAGAAGAUGGAGGAAUAGAUGAUAUAGACAAAGAAGAUGGAGGUGAUGAUUGAAUAGACAAAGAAGAUGGAGGAAUAGAUGAAAUAGACAAAGAAGAUGGAGGAACCGAUGAAAUAGACAAAGAAGAUGGUGGUGAUGAUGUAGACAAAGAAGAAUAGCCGAAUUCUUUGUUUUCUUGAUGGGAUCUGAAUUUUCGAAAAACCAUGAAAAAGCCUAUUGCAACAGCAACAAAGGUAAGGAAAAAGGAAGAAGAAUCCAUUUGUGUUGUGGAGAUCAAAGGAUCAAUGAGCUUUCUAGAGUGAAACAAAGAGGGAUUUUAUAUAAAUGAAUAAAGUGAUGUAAAACGUUGACUCUAUUGACUGAGAGAGAUUUGUGUAAAACUUGUCACCAACAAAAAUCAUGAAACAGGAAUUCACCAAGAAUCAUAUGAAGAGGUAAACCGAGAGUGAUUAAAUUAAACUUGAAGAGAAGAAGCAAUUUCAAGGAAAGCAGUGAGAUCAAAAUCAAUGUCUCUACAUUAAAACUGAUGAGUUCAGAUUCUUACAGGGAAAAGUGUAGAGGAAUGUAGUAGGAAAUGCUUACAAUGUUGCUACUUGCUUCUGUGAGUAUUAAUAUUUG